AUGGCCAUCAAAGAAGUCGCGCCAGAAAUUGAGCAGGAGAGUCCUGAUGUCUCUCAACAUGGUAAAUCAGAAGUCACGGAGGCCAUAUUUGACUCUGCUAGCGACAAAGUCAAAAGCAUCAACGAAAAGACCGGCGAGGUGUCGGUAGAAUCCCCUCAAGACGAGGAUACCGAAUACGUUAAAGGGCAUCCGGUUAUUCGCAAUGGCCUUGAUGUCUCCAAAUACAUCGUGUCACUGCGCGACGAUGGGGAUCCUGCGUUUACAUUCCGGUCCUUUGUGCUAGGCUCCGCCUUCACUGCGCUUUCAAGUGUUAUCACAAUGCUCUACGUUUUCAAACCUUACCAAGCGCAGGUUUCUUUUACUUUUCUUCAACUCCUCGUCUUCAUAUUUGGCCAGGCAUGGGCACUCUUCACUCCUCGCCCGGAAAGAUUCAAGUGGAAAUGGCUACAGGCCACGCUUCGCUUCCUCAAUUUUGGACAGACGUUUGGGAUCAAAGAACAUGUGGUCUCCGCCUUGAUCGCCUCGUCUGGUAAUAACGGUCUCGCCGGAGUGGAGGUCUAUGCUGUUGAGAGACUGUUCUAUAACACGGGCGUGACGGCGACCACUGCUGUCUUGGGUACUUUCUCCAUCUCACUGGUAGGAUUCGUAUUGGCUGGUGUGCUGCGCCCCCUGAUCGUUUAUCCGGCCGAGAUGGUAUACUGGUCGACUUUGCCUCAAGUGGUGCUUUUUCAGAAUUUGCACUUCGAUGUCCGCGCGAAUAGGGGUCGGUUGGUCAAGUUUGGCUGGGCUCUUGCGGCUUCCGCGAUCUGGGAGUUUUUUCCUUCAUACAUCGUGACCUGGUUUUCGGGUAUCUCGAUCUUCUGUCUGGCCUCCAUGCAUGCCCCGACGCAUACCCGGACCAUCUUCUCCAAAGUCUUUGGAGGGGCUUCCUCUAACGAAGGCUUGGGCAUCCUGAAUUUUAGUCUCGAUUGGCAAUACAUUCAGAGCACCUACCUGUCAUUGCCCUUGAAGCAACAGUUUAAUUCGUGGAUCGGCUACAUUAUAUUUUAUAUCGCCAUGCUCGCCCUCUACUACGGAAAUGCCUGGGAUGCCCUGAGUUUCCCGUUCAUGUCUACUUCUCUGUUUCUGGCAAACGGUACGCAAUACGAUACCGACUCUAUAAUGAACAGUCAAGGUACAAUCGAUUUUGACAAGGUCGACGAGGUGGGGUUGCCAUACAUGACUGCCACCACUGUCUGGGGUUUCUUGACUCAGAGCUUGGCCAUCGGUGCACUGAUCUCUCAUGUCCUCAUUUUCUACAGUAAGGACAUGUGGCUGGCCUGGAAACAGGCACGUACCAGGACCCAACCAGACCCGCACUAUCAAGGAAUGCUCAAGUACAAAGAAGUUCCCAUGUGGUGGUAUUAUGGACUUUUUGUUUUGGCGUUCUUUGCCGGGUUGAUCGUCAACAUCAAAGGUCAGACUACGCAACCGGUGUGGGAGUAUAUCGUGGCUCUCAUCCUAGGUGCAUUCAUUGCCCCUUUCUCCUGUAUUCUCUAUGGGCUGUACGGAACUGGUGUAGGCACGAAUCUCAUUUCCAAAAUGAUUGCAGGCGCGUUGCACCCUGGACGUCCUCUCGCCAACCUUUACUUUGCAAGCUGGUCCCAUCAAGUCAUUCUAUUGGCUGUCAACCUGGCCAACUGGCUCAAAGUAGGCCAAUAUACUAAGAUUCCUCCUCGGGUCAUGUUUAUCACUCAGGUAUAUGGCACCCUGCUAGGAGCAGGCUUGAACUAUGCCGUCAUGACGACAAUCGUCAGCAAUCAACGAGAAAUCCUCCUCGAUCCCAUCGGAAACAACAUCUGGAGCGGCUCAUAUGUGCAGAGUCUAAACUCUAACGCAAUCACAUGGGCACUAGCUAAGGAAAUGUAUGGAAUCCACGGACAAUACCUCAUCGUUCCCUUGGGUCUAGUCAUCGGUCUCGCUUUUCCCGCUUUGCAUUGGGGAGUGAUCAAGGUAUUCCCACGAGUCGCCAAAUGGGAAAUCAACACAGCCGUGAUAUUGACUUAUGCUGGUUUGAUCUACUACGGCAACACAUCAUGGAUCUGGUCGUCGAUUGUGGUUGGCAUCUUCUCUCAGGUCUGGCUUCGGCGUCGUCUGCCUCGGAUUUAUAACAAGUACAAUUAUCUUAUUGGAGCUGCGUUGGAUGGUGGUUCUCAGCUUAUUAUUUUUAUACUGUCGUUUGCAGUCUUUGGUGCGAGCGGUAACGAGGUCCCCUUUCCGACCUGGUGGGGAAAUCCUUCUGGGAAUCCAGACCAUUGUCUGUAG